UGUUAGUCAUGCAAUAAUUCUAAGUCUCUAAAAAUAAACAAAUAGGUAAAGUAUUCCAGUAUCUGAAUUAGCUAAUCCAACAUAAUUAUACAAUCAAUUCUAAGUUCGUUCACCUUUCACGAAUGUUGAGAAUAAGAGCUUAGUGUAAAAGACAGCCAGUGAUAUGGAAAUUGUCAACAAACCAGUGGCACCAACCAAGCAAUUGACACUUCAAUAAACUCCGAAUGCAUCUGAAUAUAAGAUAUAAUUCAAGGUUGGAGGAGGAAAGCAGCAAUAAAAGGAAGAUCCCAAUUAAUUUAAUUCCCAAACUGCUCCCUUCAUUCCCAUGAGUCCUUAAUAAAGACAUGAGAAUGCUUAGAUUUUGUAAUCUCCUCAAAAUCGUCAACCCUAUUUGCUCUCACCUCAACAUCAGGUUUAGUCUCCUUAAAUUUAAUUCUAAUCUCCAAAUACUCGAGAUCAGAAACAACAACAACAUUACUUUUCACAAGUACAAGCACCAUAAUAGCCUAAACAUAUUGCUCAUUCAUCUUCCUUUGUUUAACCUACUUUGGUGCAAUAAAACUCACAAAAAGUAGUCAAUUACACCAAUACAUUCGUUCUCCAAGAGGAAUUGAAAACUUUACAAUAAUAAAGUGUUAAAAUGACUUAAGAAAUCUAGAAGUUGGAAUCUGAAGCAUAGAGAGUUCAAUCAGCUUAAUUAAUAAAGGAAUUGGAUGAUAAAAUAAAAUUACUAAAUUAGAUGAAUAAAUAAUUGUAAAUUGACAAUGCAGAAUUAAUGAAAGUACCUGAUGUGAUGGCAUUAAGAGAUCUCAUAGUCAAAUACUAGAAUGACAGAAAAAUGGCCUAUAAUUAAUUGGCUGCUAUAAAGACUGAAAUCUAGAAUUAUAAAGUACGUUGUGAAGAGUUAGAAGCUAAAAUUAAGAUUGAUACCUCUUAAGAAUUGAAUGAUUUGGUUUAAGAGUUGGAAAAUAAAGUCUAAACCUUGAUUUUAGAGAAUGACAGAAUAAAUAUAUAAUUGAAAAAUUCUAGUAGUCUGGCUAAUACAAUUUAGAAAUAGAAACAAGAGAAUGAUCUUGUUAAAGAGAAAUUAAUAAAAAGUAGAAAAGAAGAAGAAGCUUUGAAAUAAUCAUACCAAAAGGAGGAAAUUAAAUUGAAAUUAUAUGAAGAAUGUAAUGAUAAGUUGAAAUUGCUUCAAGAUGAAAAUUAAAGAUUAUAAGGUGUGAUAAAUGAAUCAGAAUUAACAUAAAAUGAUCUAAAGAGUCUCAAAGAAAAAGUAUUAAAAUAAUGUUAAUAUAAUAGAUAUUAGUGAUAAGAUAAGACAAUGAAAGAAUGAGGAAAUAACUUAAGAAUAGAUAAUGA